AUGGAGACGAGUCCCAUCCCGGUGGUGACGGUCCAAACCGCCCCCUUCGAGGACCAGCGGCCCGGUACCAACGGGCUGCGGAGGAAGACAGCGGUGUUCGAGGGGAAGAAGAACUACCUCCAGAACUACAUCCAGAGCUUGCUGUCUUCCAUCGACCUGCGGGACCGGCAGGGCUGCACCAUGGUGGUGGGCAGCGACGGCCGCUACUUCAGCCGGGCUGCCACCGAGGUGAUCGUGCAGAUGGCAGCUGCCAACGGGAUUGGUCGUCUGGUUAUCGGCCACAACGGCCUCCUGUCCACCCCCGCUGUUUCCUGCAUCAUCAGGAAGAUCAAGGCCAUCGGUGGGAUCAUCCUCACAGCUAGCCACAACCCUGGAGGCCCCAGUGGAGACUUUGGAAUCAAGUUUAAUGUGGCAAAUGGAGGCCCGUCUACGGACACAGUGAUGGAGAGGAUCUGCCAGGUGAGCCGGACACUUGAGGAGUAUGCCAUCUGCCCUGACCUCCACAUUGAUCUGUCCAGGCUGGGAAGACAAGAAUUUGACCUGGAGAACAAGUUCAAACCAUUCAGAGUGGAGAUUGUUGACUCAGUUGAGGUGUAUCUACAGCUGCUGAGAAACAUCUUUGACUUCAGUGCCAUUAAAAGUCUUCUCACAGGACCAGAUCAGCUCAAGAUACACAUAGAUGCCAUGAACGGAGUGAUGGGCCCUUAUAUACGUAGGAUCCUGUGUGAAGAGUUGGGAGCUCCGGCUAACUCUGCUGUCAACUGUGUCCCUCUGGAGGACUUUGGGGGCCGACCCCCGGAGCCCAACCUGAUCUACGCCACCUCUCUGGUAGAAGCCAUGAAAGGAGGGGACUUGGGCUUUGGAGCUGCAUUUGACGCGGAUGGGGACCGGUAUAUGAUCCUGGGAGAAAACGGCUUCUUUGUGAACCCAUCGGACUCUGUGGCCAUCAUGGCUGCCAACCUGUCCUCCAUCCCUUACUUCAGACAGCUGGGAGUCAAGGGCUUUGCCAGGAGUAUGGCCACCAGCACCGCCCUCGACAGGGUAGCCAAAGCCAUGAAACUGGCGCUGUAUGAGACUCCCACAGGCUGGAGGUACUUUGGGAACCUGAUGGAUACUGGGCGUUGUUCCCUCUGCGGGGAGGAGAGCUUUGGGACAGGUUCAGACCACAUUCGUGAGAAAGAUGGACUGUGGUCGGUGUUGAUGUGGUUGUCCAUCAUGGCCGCCAGGAAACAAAGUGUUGAGCAGAUCGUCAAAGAACACUGGGCCAAAUUUGGACGUAACUACUUCUGCAGGUUUGACUAUGAAGGCCUGGAACCACGUGCAGCCUUUUACUUGAUGAGGGACCUGGAGUCAGUAAUGUCAGACAAAGCAUUCACCAGCCAGAAGUUUGCUGUGGGAGACCACGUCUACAGCGUGGAGAGGGCCGACAACUUUGAAUACAUCGACCCCGUGGACGGAAACGUGGCUCGAAACCAGGGCUUAAGGAUCGUCUUCACGGAUGCUUCCCGCCUGGUGUUUCGGAUGAGUGGGAGCGGUGGAGGGACGGGGGCCACCGUCCGCGUCUAUGCAGAGAGCUUCGAGAGAGACCCUGAGAGACACAACAGAGAGACACAGGUGGUGCUCGGUCCUCUCAUUGCCAUCGCUCUGAAGAUCUCCAACGUCCAUGAGAGGACCGGGCGCCGUGGUCCUAACGUCAUCACAUGAGCAACCCGGAAAACUCACAAUCACAUGCACGCACACUGCUCACACAGACAUAACACAUUUUCCUGUACCCUCUGCCAUUUUCAAAAUUCCUUUUUGUGUAGCUUCAUAGUCAUUUGUAUUCUUUAAAUGAAACUUGAUGGGGUUAUAUCGCUAAAAAAGCACAAUGUUUUCUCAAUUGUUUAUAGACCACUAACAUAUGUCAGCCAUAGAAAACACCAGUCUAAACCAGGGAGGUUCUUUCAUUAUUACCAUGAAUAAAUAAUGAAAAUUAGCAAACAGAAAACCUUUAUGAUUGUGCAGACUUACUGUUAAUGUUUGUAACUUGCAGUUGAAAAGACUUCUUGGCUAAGGGCAGCCUUAGAUCAGUUUUUUAAUUCACCAUGCUGUUUUUGUAUAAAAGUGCUGUGUUCACUUGUCAUUUAGCUUGUAUAUCUGUCCUGUCAUAUUAUGUCAUUUUCUUUAACCAUUUCAUGCAGAAAUAAUCACUUGUCUAAGUGUAAAAUAAAACAUGUCAAGCAUAAAA